AUGAGUAAAAGUGAGAGUCAGCCAGGCCAGGUGGAAGACGCUACUUCCUUAAAAAGACAAAGGACAAUUUUAAAAAGACGCAUAGCUAGAAUUAAAACGGGAAUUCAUGAUAAGUCACUCUCAUCAGAUCCGUCGGAAGUUGAGUGUCGACUCGAAAUGCUGAAUAGUUACAGCGAAAAGCUUCUAGCGUGUCAGUCCGAAAUAGAAGAGAUCGAUGAAGAUGAUGACACCCGUGACAGCCUUGAAGAUUUAAUUGUUGGAACCAAGGCAAUGUUAAAAUCCAUAUUAUCAGAGAACAACAAGCACAAAGCUUCUGACACCUCCUUCACAGCGCCUCACAGCUCAAGACUUCCGAAAAUGUCGCUGCGAAAGUUUCGAGGGCAGUAUUCGGAUUUUAAAAAUUUCAUGAGUUUGUUUGAGAGCCUCGUCCAUAACAACCCUGCGCUUUCAGACAUUGAAAAAUUCACACAUUUAGUUUCGUGUUUGUCUGGUGAAGCCUUGGGAACGGUGAAGGCCUUCCAAAUGACGGAAGAAAAUUACCCGAAGGCGUUGGCAAGCCUGAAAAAGGUAUAUGAUAAUAAAUGUCUCAUAUUUUCGAAUACAGUUGCGAAACUGUUUGAGUUGCCGAAAAUACAAAAGGCAUCGUCGCUUUCGCUGCGGUCAAUGAUCGACACCGUAUCAGCUGUAUAUGACUCCUUGUUGUCUUUGGGUGAUGAUACAAAUAUUUCAAAUGCGAUGUUGAUACAUUUGGUAAUGUCGAAGGUUGAUCCCACUACGCGGUCAAAAUGA